CCCGCCGAGAUUUCCCACGAACUUAGAAGAACAAAUUUUUGUUGUCUUUUCAAUUGUCAAGAAUGUCCUUCGCACUCCCCGCUCGCCAGGUUACCUUUGGCAGGUCUGCUGCGCCUUACCAGCAACCAAGUCAACCCUCUCAGCCCCAAGCUGCCCAACCUAAUCAUGGUCUAGCAUUACCCGGCGCUGGUGCUUAUAGUCUUCCUGCGCCAUCGAAUCUCGCGCUUCCGGGACCAUCGCCACUGUCUCAAUCACAUACUCCUCCUCCUUCACAGUCACAGCCUGCAAAUGCAACAACGGUAAUUAGCAAUGGCACAACAUCAGUGGCUGUGGCAGGUCCUUCGACACCACCGGUCAAUGCUGUUCCCGCCACUCCGGCCCCUCUCACACUUGAGCAACAACACAUUACAGCUGUGGAGGGCAUCGUGCCCACGCUGCAAAACAUUGUUGCAACAGUUAACCUCGAUUGUCGUCUUGACCUCAAGACCAUUGCACUGCACGCCCGGAAUGCAGAGUAUAACCCCAAGCGUUUUGCAGCUGUUAUCAUGCGAAUUCGUGAUCCCAAGACAACGGCUCUUAUCUUCGCCUCGGGCAAGAUGGUCGUCACGGGUGCGAAGAGCGAAGACGAUUCGAGGCUGGCGUCGCGCAAGUACGCACGUAUCGUGCAAAAGCUUGGCUUUGACGCCAAGUUCGCUGAAUUCAAGAUUCAAAAUAUAGUCGGAAGUUGUGACGUGAAAUUUCCCAUCCGCUUGGAGGGUCUUGCGUAUAGCCACGGACAGUUCAGCAGUUAUGAGCCUGAGUUGUUCCCUGGUCUCAUCUAUCGCAUGCUCAAGCCGAAGGUCGUGUUAUUGAUCUUCGUGUCGGGAAAGAUAGUGUUAACUGGUGCAAAGGUCAGGGAAGAGAUUUAUACCGCGUUCAACACCAUCUACACAGUGCUGUGCGAGUUCAGGAAACCCUGAUGUUGUCUCCACUCGGGGCUUCAUUAUCUUCCUGCCUUUCAUCACACUGCGGCUCGCACUGCACCGCUUGUCGAUAGGGCCGCCCUGAUUCUCGACGACUCUUUUCGAUGACGGUAGUGGGCGAGGCCUAUUAUAAAAAUAUUUUUACAUGAGGGUCGAAAGGCCGGGGAGCAGACGUAGUGCACGGAUAUUCCUCCUCCUCCCUCUUCACUGAUAAUCAUUUUCGCCGCCUUUCUCCUCAAUUUUAAUAGCAAAUGGAACAUCCACGUCAAGGCAAUUCAUGUCUUGAACGCUUUAUUCGUUUUAGUAGAACAUAUGUUACGAUAUGCGCGUAGUCUGGGUUACAAUGUAUUACUGCCCACUUAUACCAUCGUUGAGCUUGAGCACCCCUUUA